UUUGUCGUGACUUCAAUACCGUUCGGUGUCACAUCUAGCGGGCCCUACGAGAGCAGCCCAGAACUAACAGUAUUUGUAUGAAUAAAAGACAACAUUGGCUGUCCGGUUUGUGUGGCAUUUACCAAUACUCAACACAUACCCUCAAUCUUCUCGACCCAUGCAAGGACUGCAGUUUCCAGACGCUCUAUAAACCGGCAGGUGCGGUUGAUUCAUCAGAAACUUGCUCAUCAAGAGCGGUCUUUCCUCCUACAAUCACUGCUUCUCAUGGCAACCAUUGAGCUCCCACCAUGCUUUCUGCCUGUACACGAGCCACAGCCUAAGACUAUGUUCCUCUCUAUCCUUCCCUUGGACUAACACUCUACCCCUACUAAUGCAUUCACUACCAUCUACUGAGCGGGGUUGGCUCACAACUGCCGCGACAGUGGCUUUGCUGCCAUCAACAAGCCACCAGGACCAUGUUUCAAGAGCGCAGGAGGUCACCGAUCGAUGCGAUCCUUUGCUGCGACAUUGUGGCGAGAGGUUGUCUGCGCGCGGAGCGUUCACAGUCAUCUCAAUGCUAUGCAUGGCCAUCUUGGGUGGGCUCAUUGGUUAUCGAGUGCGACAAAUCAGACGCAAGGAUCUGGAACACUUGUGCUUUGCUCAUGUUCUCAUUUGCCUCCUCUACGUACUGUCGAUGUGUUUCGUCUUUGCGGCCGCAGUGGUCAAGUCCGGCCUUGGACUAUCCUCGUUCGGCAUCUGUCGGACAGCCAUCUUCCUGUGCCUCUCAUUCUACGUUUUAAGCAAGAUCUCCAUGUAUCUUUUCCUCGCCGAGAGAGCCCAUGCUAUUCGAGCCCCGUUCAAGCGCCGCCUUCACGACUGGCUCUGGGUCAUUGGAACGGGUGCUGUUAUUACUGGUUUCGGCGGCUUAGGUAUCGCGGCCUUUCUCAAUCCUGUGACGGAAAUGUCCCCGAUCGAUGGUCUGUGCCGCAUCGGUAUACCGCGCUACAUCACGAUACCGUUGGUGGUGUACGAUGUCGGAAUCAACGCGUUCCUCACACUGACCUUUGUGUAUCUCCUGGGCCCAAUGAUACGAGCCGGGACUCUUCCUGACAAGACUUUACCAGCAACACGCUUCGCGGAGUGCUUCAGUGGCAUUUGCGAGCGUUCAAGGAGGAGAACCGGCGUUCUUGUGGCCGACAGAGGCAACCAGCAUGUGGUUAGGAAGUUGGAGAAACUUAUUUGGAAAACCUUCAUUGGAUCAGUGCUGGUGGCGAUACCAACCGUCAGCAAUGUCGCGGUCCUGACUGCAGUCGGAGGGCGAGAGCUGGGCUGGGUGUGUCUUACAAUAUGCACCUUCGACGUGGUGUAGACUGCCGGCGUUGCCCAUUGGUUGUCUUCCGGCGCAAGCGAAGCUGAAAAUAGACAAGCAGACGAACGAUACUCGUCCCCAAGACUGUCUCUGAGGCAGACCACGUCAAUGAGAUCGCAGAAAGCGAAACGAGUAGCCCUCUCUUCCCUGUCGCUCGAUGAGAUUUGGUCUGGAGCGGC